GCGCAUCUGGCUUCCCCAUUACUUGUGCAGCCGGCAUCACGUCAGACUUUGUUCGCUUUUUUUUGAUACAAUUUUACGAGCGCUCCACUAGAAAUCAGCUAUGGCAUUAAACAAACUUGGCAUUGACAAGGUGGACGUCAAAGAUAAACGUGUUAUUAUGAGGGUUGACUUUAAUGUGCCCCUGAAAGAUGGUAAAAUUUCUAAUAACCAAAGAAUUGUUGCUGCAUUACCGAGCAUAAAAUAUUGUCUAGACAACGGUGCCAAGUCUGUUGUGUUGAUGAGUCAUCUUGGUAGACCUGACGGCAGAAAGCAGGACAAAUUCUCUCUUGCUCCAGUUGCAGAAGAACUGAAGAAGCUACUGAACAGAGACGUUACUUUCCUCACAGACUGUGUUGGUGCCGAGGUUGAGACAGCAUGCGCCAAUCCAGCGGCAGGAUCAGUAAUCCUGCUGGAGAAUCUACGUUUCCAUGUAGAAGAGGAAGGAAAAGGGAAGGAUGAAGCGGGACAGAAGGUAACUGCAAGUGAAGAAAAAGUUAAAGCUUUUCGAGAGUCAUUGUCUAAGUUAGGUGAUGUGUAUGCAAAUGACGCCUUUGGUACAGCACACAGAGCUCACAGUUCAAUGGUGGGAGUACAGUUGCCUCAGAAAGCAGCUGGAUUUCUGUUGAAGAAAGAGCUAACUUACUUUGCUAAGGCACUGGAGAGUCCCGAAAGACCAUUCCUGGCAAUCCUUGGAGGAGCCAAGGUGAAAGACAAGAUUCAAUUGAUUGAAAACAUGUUAGAUAAGGUGAAUGAGAUGAUAAUUGGUGGUGGAAUGGCAUUCACUUUCCUCAAAGUACUCAAUGGAAUGGAAAUUGGAAACUCGCUCUAUGAUGAGGAUGGAGCCAAGAUUAUAAAAAACCUAAUGGAGAAAGCUGAAAAAAAUGGGGUCAAAGUUCAUUUACCUGUUGAUUUUGUUAACGGUGACAAAUUUGAUGAGAAUGCCAAAACCAGUGUGACUGCAGUAGACAGUGGUGUACCAGCAGGAUGGCUUGGCUUGGAUGUUGGUCCAAAGAGUAAUGAGGUGUUUAAGGAAGUCAUUUUAAGAGCAAAAACAGUUGUCUGGAAUGGUCCACCGGGUGUGUUUGAAUUUGCCAGCUUUGCAAAUGGAAGCAAGUCUAUGAUGGAUGCUGUAGUGGCUGCCACAGAGGCUGGAGCUACCACAAUUAUUGGUGGUGGGGACACUGCCACUUGUUGUGCAAAAUGGAACACAGAAAACAAAGUCAGUCAUGUCAGUACUGGUGGUGGUGCUAGUUUGGAACUGUUGGAAGGUAAAAAUUUGCCAGGAGUUGCAGCGUUGAGCGAUGCAUGACUUGUAGACUACGAUGUGAGCAGACUGUAACAAAGCCAAGCAAUCCGCAUUGUAAUAUAGAAUAUCACUUGCCAGUAUGUCAUACAGUAGAGAUAAAUCUCCACUACAAUCUGUCUUUUUUUAGUGGCUUGCUCUAGAUAAUGGAUUGAUGACAAUAUUUGUUGUAUAUUUGAGCAAUGUUUUAUGCAUGAUGAUUUUUUAUCUAAUAUAAAUACAAUGAUCUGAUCAAAAUGAGACUGUCAUCAGAAUUGUACACGUGUGCGUUGUAUUCUAGUGUUAUCAUUUGUUGGACUCUACCAACAUUGAUUGUACAACUAUUGCUGUACACAAUCAUACCAGAGAUUGUACCUACCAUCUAAAAAGCCCUGAAAUCACAUCCUCUUUUGGAAUCUAGAUAAAAUACCAUAAAGUUUGGGGAGCAGUCAAUCAAAUUGAUAAAAAGAAAUGGUCAAUCCUCAAACAUAAAUUUGUUUGGUCAACUUGUUUCUAAAAGUUCACCAUAUAAAAUAGGUUCUUAUAAAUUGGUUGCUAUGUAACCAUGUUUAGGUGAGCCCAACCCCAUUUACACUUGUGCAGUGAUGGUAACAGUGUCAUUUAAAUCGUUUGAGUGCUAAUGUCAGCUUUAGCCAUGUUUCACAAAAUAAUACACAUUGAAUUAAAAAAAAUCCCCUAAAAUCAUGCCACUUUAAUACAAACUGAAAUAAUACUGAGGUAUGUAAAACUUUUAAGUUUCACUGCUUGUAACAUUGUACUUUAUAAUGUGGACUGUUUUCUUUUUUUAUUUGUUACACCGCAAUUACAAUCAUGUACAUAGAAAUAAACUGUAUUCUAACCCCUUACA